AGUUAUUUUAUUGAAAAAUAUUUUUAAUGCAAGUUAUUUUUUUGGUAAAUCAAGGGGGUCUAAAUUUUGAAUUUGUUGGGAAAGCUAGAUCAAAUUGGAUAAAUUUACCAUUCUUAAUAGACUUGAAUAAAACUGUUCUUAUCUGUUGAUCUCAUCGUGAAACUUAGCAAUUAAAAGAAGACGUGCAGAGUGCAAACUAAGGAAAUUGUCGAGCAGCCAAUCCUGCAAAGGUAUCCACUGGAACAUUUAGCAUAACUUCCCUAUGUAAACCAAGCUAGUCCUAACCACGUUCCGUCAAGCAAUUCACUCUUUCCCCUCUAUAUCUCUUUUUUUUUUUUGUUUUGGUUCAAAUUUGAUCGGAAAAUUGUUAGGUUAUCCAACUUGGACAUUGAUUAAUCACUAAUUAUUCUACUUUAAUAUUCAAGUCUACCUGCCAUAAUACACGUGCUUAUUUUUUUGAGUUGAUAGUGACAGAAUUGAUAGGCCAUUGGCACAAAAGUUUGGAUAUUCUCUUGCACGAAAAUCUCACCUCUUAUCUCUCUCUCGCUCUCUUAAUUUAGGAUUUAUUAGUUUUUUAGCUCCUAAGUAUCUUCUUCCUUCAAUUAUUCAAAAUCUUCUCUCCCUUUCACUGUAUACUGGGUUGGCAUGGAUGCUCCGGUUCUUUAUGCCCUAAUCCUCCCCACAUCCUUCAUUAUGUUCAUCUGCACAUAUCUCCUUGCUUACUUUAUAAUUUUCAGAAACUGGGGUCCAAAAAACAGAGCAGAAGCUUCAAGCUCUUUCAUGUCCUUAACUCAUGGAACUCCAGCUGUUAUCUUGGCUAUCCGUUCACUAGUCCACACCCAAACCUCACAAGCUUUUGCUUCUCCAAACUCCACCUUGCAUCAUAGAGUCCUUGAGUUCAGCAUGGCUUAUUUCUUGAUGGACCUCUUACACUACAUAAUUUUCUUCCCUACUGAUAUUCUUUUCAUUCUUCACCAUCUAGCAACGCUCUAUGUGCUCAUCACUUGUCGAUACAUGGUUCAUCAUGGAGCUUAUGGGAUUCUUAUGCUUCUUAUACUAGCUGAAGUUACAAGUCCUUGCCAGAAUAUUUGGAGCAUAGCACGCUUCCGGAAAGCUGAAGUUCCUGCUGCUGCAAGAUUGUAUGAAUUCUUGUCUCCUCCGUUUUUAGCCUAUUAUUCUGUGGUUAGAGGUGUUCUUGGUCCCCUCUUUGCGUUUAAGAUGGGGGCGUUUUAUCUAAGCAAGGAAGGUAAGGAUUUGGUUCCUGGAUGGGCUUGGAUUUCUUGGAUGAUUGUGACAGUAACUGCAAUUUUAGUUAGCAUAUUAUGGGUUUCAAAUCAUUGGAAAGGGUGGUUAAGAAAAAGAAGUCUAGCUCAGAAGAAGUUAGGGUAGAAUUUGGGGGGGGGGGUCUAUGUUUAGUUGCAACUCAUCCAUUGAAUUGGCACGGGUGAAGUGUGGAUUUCAGCAAUUCCCUUGUAUCUUGGGGAUUUGCAAUUGUAGUAAUGACAGGAAUCAUGAAAGAAUAUUUAUUUGUUAAUUAAUUAGUUUUAAGGAGAUAA